CUUUCUUUAGUGAGUCUUCCGCGUCGCUUCCUACAUCGUAGCCGCUACCGGGAUACUCUCCCGCUGAAGAAGUCAAUAAGCGGCGGAACUCGAGCAGUCCGCCGACGUCGCUCGGCAUCCUCGGGGACGACCUGCGACGGCGGGAUGGCCGCCCCGCGUCUCCUGCCGCUCGUCUACCUCCUGGCGCUCUUCGGUUCACAUUGUCAAAUGGCUCCAGCCGCGGCCGGGGCGACCAGAGGCUGGGACCUGGGAAGCGGCUACAAGUACCGGCUGAGGACCACCGUGCUCUUCAGGGAAGCCGGUCCUCCCAGGAUGGGCGGCGACGUCGGCUUCAGGGUGACCGGAGAGCUGACGGCCACCGCCGUCUGGCAGGACCCCAAAGACCCGGACACCUUCCUCCUGAACCUGCAGGUGUACUCGCCGCAGCUGUGGAUAAAAUCGAGGAAAGCCCCGGAACCGGAAGGCUUCGUCGAGCACUCCUCCAGACUGGACGAGGUCUCCAAGGAGAGGAUCCUCGUCGUCUGGAAACACGGAGAGGUCAAGGCGGUGUAUCUGAACCCUUUGGAAAGCGUAUCUUCUCUGAACCUGAAGCGAGGACUCGCCAGCCUCUUCCAGUACAGGACCCUCGACGAGGAGGUCCAGGAAAGGGACUCUUCGGGGCUCUGCGACGUCAGCUACACCACUCUAGGGCUGAGGAACAUCCUGAAGCAGAAGAGGAACUGCGUGGAGAACGGGCUACCGCCGAGGAACGAGCAGAAGAAUCCUGCAUUCGGGGUCAAACUCAGAAGUCAGCGAAACUCCACGUACGAGUUGUCUCAGUCGUUGCUUCCUUCGGCGGUGUAUGACCAGGAACUUCACGAGAUGGUCCUGGUGGCCAACCCGGAUGUCGGCACCACCGUAGAAUCGGACAGAGUGCUGGAACGACUUCCUGACACCGUCGAACUCAACCCGGUGCAGGCUAAAACCCUGAGAGAUGCCGUUUUCUUGAUGGAACCAGAGUAUAAGGAAGAUUCUCUGAGCCUGCAGAUGGAACCUGCUGCUUGCGUUGAUUCCGCGUGUCCUUCGUUGGAAGAGGUGGUGGAAGAGAAACGGGAGGCCUUGGAGAACUCCAACCUGGGCACCGUCAAGUCGGCGUUGGCGUUCCUGGACCUCGUCCCCCUAGUCAGAGAAGCCCGAGCAGAAGACCUGUCUAAGUUGCUGAAGAGUCCACGUAACAGGCAGAUCAAGCCUCAGCUCUGCAACAUUUUAGGCUCGGCGUCGACGGCUGCAGCUCACCAGGCUGCGAAGAAGAUCCUGAGGCAAGACGAGGACGGAGGCGACACCGAGAGGUACCUCUGGGCCCUCUCCAUGUCCACAGACCCGAACCCCGACAUAGCGAAGGACGUGCUGAAGAGAUCCGAAGAGACCAUCGGUAACGAGAAGGUCUCCGAGACCCUGGCCCUAACGGCAGCCGCGAUGGCGCGUCGCCACGGAAAUCCCACCCUGGUCGAGAAAACCCGCCAUAGUCUGGAACUAGGUCUAGAGAGCUGCACCGGGGAAGACUGCAAAUUAAAGUUCCUCCGGGCGCUGAGGAACCUGAAGAGCAAAGAGGCCAUCCCGACCUUGCUGGAGCACGCGGUGAACGGCAGCAAGGCCAUCGGCAUCGCAGCUUGGCGAGCCUUAAACGCUCUACCUCGAACCCAGGUUACCCAGGAGGUGAAGCGCGCGGCUGCGAGGGCUUUCUAUCAGAUCGGACCCCGAAGAGACAGCACCGUGCGCACCCAGGCCCUGGAUAUCAUCCUGGAGUCAGAUCCUAGUCUAGAGGACAUCCGAGGUCUUCUUCAGUACCUAUCCCUCCUGGAUAAGGCCUACGAGGUCAGGAAGUACCUCACCCAGAGGAUGGACCAGAUAGCGGAAGAGUGCCCCAGGUUCUCCGCCCUUCUUCGGGAAGCCUACAAGGCCGAGUUCGGUCGCAUCGGGAACUACAACGUCCUGGCUCUCAAAGGUCUCAGCACUGCGUUCACCAGGACCUUCCUUCGGUCCCCUGGGAGCAACGGCUCCCUGGUCACGGUCCAGGAGAUCAACGCAGGCCUGCUGAAACAGGGAAUCGUCGACGUCGUCUUCGAGACUAACCAGGAGAAGCAAAGGCUCUUCUCCUUGGGGUACUUCGCGAGAGGGGCGCUGGUUUCGAUUUCUCUGGACACGGAGGAUGAAGUCGAGGACGAGGUCGUCACUGCUGGGAUGGAGAUCGCUUUGCUGGGGGUCGGGGUGAGGCCCUUCGUCUUCUUCUCGGGUCAGGGCGAGUUGAUGGGGCACGUGUGGUCGGGAACCGCCUCGGAGAGGACUCCGGCGUUCCAGGCUUUGGCGGGGCUGCAUCGGUACAAGGAGGUGGUCCCCUUGGCGGCGGGCUUCCUAGCCGAGGUGGAGGUCGAGGGCGCUACCAGCUUCGAUCUGUCCGGCCAGAUCCAGCUCAGCCUCUGGUCCAGGACCUCUCAAUCCCUCGUCGAAACCGGCGCUGGCGUCGCCGUCAGGGGCGGCACCAAGGUGCGCUCCAGGUUCGUCCACAGCACCGCCGAGUUCACCCUGACCACGGAGCCGAAGCUCCUCCUGGCCACCGACGUCGACUUCUCUGGAGCUAAUUUCGCCAUUUGCAUGAAGCUCACCCAACCUGAGACCAUCGUCAGACAUCGCGUCUACAAGGUGGAGAGGAUCCCCGGGAGCAGGCACCGACUCAGAAAGGUGCGUCGCUCCAGGAUGGCGUCGCCGGCCAGGUCGUACCUCCUCAACAAGAAGAACAACGAGAUGUGCUCCAGACUCUUCAGCUAACGAUUGGCGACGCUCUCUUCGCGACAUCCUUAGGUUUUACGACACUUAAUGGUCUUUUUCGACCAUGGGACUCCUAGAAGCGCGCAUGCGCCGUGUACAGUAAUUGUAGAGCGUAAUACAGUUACAUGUACUAUAUCGCGCUUAACCUAAGGGCUGAUGUGGAUGAAUGCGAACGUGUGACUCGAUGCAACUCGUUGUCAUUGCACUUUUGUAACGUACACGUCGAUACCCAGAGUGUUGCUAGGAACUGGAUGUUCCAAUCUUGACGAACGUCACGUGGGAACGUUUCACACUUUUGUAACAUACACACUCCGAUCUUGACGACGAAUCUCUUCUCUCCUAUUUUUUAGGGUUUUACACUUUUGUAACAUACACCCCGGUCGAAGGGUCCACUACAGUUGCCGGCGAUUGCAGAUUCCGACAUUAACGGCGAACGUUACAUGCUCGGUGUGUGUGUAUGUGUGCGUGUAAUUAUUUUUUACACUUUGUAUGAUUAAUAUCAAAGCGUCACCGCACAGCGGGUGUUGUAUAUGUACCAUAAACUCCGUAGAGUCCUGUUUUAACGAGGAA